AUGCCAAGAGGCCCGCCGCUCACCGACCUCGAGAAGGGCCAGAUCCUUGCCCUGCAUCAUCAGCUUAUGUCCUUACGGGACAUAUCGAAAGAAUUGGGAAGGUCCGUAGGAGCUGUGCAGCGCUUUUUAAAGAAUCCCAGUCGACCUGCACGGUCUCGGGCGCAUGUAACUGGUCAAAAGUUGACUGUCCGGGGAGAAAAGGCUAUGAUUCGAAGGGCAACCACGGGAAACUAUUCAGCUCGAGACAUAAAACAAGACCUCAACUUGCCGGUAGGAGUCCGCAGAAUUCAACAAAUUCUAAGCGCAACGCCACAUCUAAAGUAUAGAAAAUGA